AUGAAUAAUUGCCUAUCAUCGUUUUUUAAGUACCUUUUGUACUUUCUCAAUCUGGUCUUUGUAUUCAGUGGAGUUUUCCUAAUAGUUUUUGGUGCUUUAAUGUUAAAUGGUUUAGGAAAUUUUACAAAAUUCGAUGGAGCGACUGUUGUUACUUUUCCAAUUACCUUUAUUGUCAUUGGUAGCGUCACCUUCUUGGUGGCAUUCUUCGGAUGUUGUGGCACUAUUCGCGAAAGUGCCUGCCUCACAAAAAUUUAUGCCAUCUGUAUGUUAAUACUUUUUGGUCUGCAAAUGGCGCUUUCGAUUUGGUUGUUUGUGGAAAAGGAUACAUUUUUAGACUUUAUGAGUGGUAUUGUGGAUAAGGCCUGGAGAAGCAACGAUGAGGCCCAUGGAUACCCUAUGGACGCUCUUCAAAUAGCCCUAAAGUGUUGCGGUAAUGAGGAUUACAAACAGUAUGGUGGACACGUACCAGCUUCUUGUUGUGGCUACGAAGAUCGCCUUCAGGAGUGCUCGGAACACAUAUACAGUCAUCGACCUGGUUGUAAUGAUGCGUUUCUCGAUUUCUGGAUCUCCCAUAUGGACGUCGUCCGGUUAAACAGCCUAAUCAUUGCUCUUUUUCAACUUGGCAUAUUCUUUAUUUCUUGCCAUUUGGCCCGAGCCAUGAGGUGGAAUUAA